AGCAGACGUGGCAACACAUGACGUCAUCACAGUGGGUCGGUGGGUUAUUCAUGGGGGUGCAGAGUUACGUUAGUCCAGCUAGCAGCUAUACUCUGGGUUGAAGUUCAGGUAUCAGGCCGAGAAGAUGAUGGAAGAGAGUGGAAUUGAGACUACACCCCCCACCACUCCUACUCCUCCUCUGACUGUAGCUGCCACAGUCAGCGCUCCACCAAUGACCAUAGGUCUGUCCAGUCCUCUGUCGCUCCCAGACACCAGCUCCCUCUCCAUCGGUUCCCCCUCAGUCUCCACCGCUCUCCCCUCUGUCCCCUCCCUCCCUGCCUUCAGCAGCCCUCUGGCCGCGCCCCCCUCCCUCUCCUCCCUCUCCUCCCAGUUCCCUCCUCCCUCCACACUCGCCUCCCCCUUCACCGGCAGCUCUCCCUUCCCUCCUUCCUCCUCCCCCUCUUUGCCUCCUCUGGCCUCCCCCAUCAGACCACCUCAGACCUCGGCUCCCGGCAUGUCGGCCCCUCCCACAGGGCCGCCCAUGUCCAGCUUCUCCAUGAGUGCAGGGUAUGACAUCACACGGGGUCACGCUGGUCGAACACCACAGACGCCAUUGAUGCCAACGUUCUCCAGUGCUGCCACCAUGCCAGGUGUGGUGUCCAGCGCCAUGGUCCAACAGCCAGCCAUGACAGGAGGGCCGGAUACUGGAUCUCCCAUCACCUUCCCAGAGGAGCAGGAAGAUCCCAGAGUGUCUGGAGACAUCAACACUGGUGGAGGCCUCUGGGGCUUCUUCAAGGGAGUAGCAGGUAACGCUGUAGUGAAGACAGUCCUGGACAAAACCAAACACUCUGUAGAGUCCAUGAUCACCACUCUGGAUCCCGGCAUGGCUCCAUACAUCAAGUCUGGUGGGGACAUUGACAUUGUGGUGACUUCAGAUAAGGAGAUGAAUGUGGAUGCAGUCAGAGACGCCUUCCAAGAGGUUUUUGGGAUGGCCAUGGUCACUGGAGAGCCUGGUCAGUCCAACAUUGCCCCACAGCCUGUGGGCUACGCAGCCGGCGUCAAGGGGGCUCAGGAACGUAUUGACAGCCUGCGUCGAGCUGGUGUGAUCCAUGAGAAACAGCCUGUGGUCUCUACGGAAAACUUCAUCGCUGAACUCUUUCCUGACAAGUGGUUUGACAUUGGCUGUUUGAUCCUGGAGGACCCUGGUUACAGCAUCCACAUCGAGGUCUUCACUCAGGCAACUCCUCUGGCUCUAGAUCACGUCCAACAGGCUCACUCCCUGACCCCUCCUGACUACGGCCUGCGCUGGUCGGGUUUGAUUGUUCCAGUGGGGGAGGUCCUGGAGCGCAGCCUGCCCAACAUCAACAGGACAGACUGGCAUCAGGCUGUGACGGGCAUGAGCCAGCGUCAGAUGAUCCACAGCGCCGCCAAAGCUCUGGCUGGAAUCUACAAACAGCAGCUGCCGCCCAGGACUGUGUGAGGCUGGAGGGUUCGGGCGACAGGUGGAGACACGUUGGAGUAAAAACCACCUGAUGGGACAGCGAAGCUCCUUCCUUCUCCUCCAUCAAGCCCUCAUCGGUCCUUAUGGGGCAAAGCCAAAUGCACAUUUCUUUAAAGACGCUGGUUGCGACAUUUCGCACAGAUGUUUCCUGAUGUUCAACACGUCAGAUCUCAAGUCAAGUCUUUGUCGUCAACUCAGGCUUUAAAGAAAACUUAACCAUUAACUUCCUGAAAGAUACUCACACAUCAUGUCUGUUAAUCUCAACAACCUUCAUUCAAACAGUGGCAAUAUCUAGUUUCCUUUAUGUUAUUGUAGAGACUAAAACUCAGACCGCGUCCCAGUUGUAUUCUGUGUUCCAGAACACCAACACUUUGACAUGACCCUACUGGACCCAAUUAGACUUCAUAUAAUGUGGACCUGCCAUGACUCAGAUACUGUAUACUUCACUGUAAACUCACCUUCCCACUAAAGUUGUCUGUGCAUUAUUUUGGUUAUUAAUAUUCAAGUAACUGAAGUGCUGUUUUGUAUCAUGUCCUGACACUACUGACAGUUUCAGACCUUAAACAGGAUAAAAUGUUUCUCUAUAGGACUUUAUUUUGUUUCUUUCAUCAACACACCAUCCGCCUGUUUUAACAUGUAGCUGUAAAUGACUCCUGUGUUUUCUUUGCUCGGAGGCCCCGGGGCCACUUUUAACCCAACAUUCCUCCCCUUUGUUAUACAGUAAUGGUGUUCCUACACUUGUUGCUUAUGCUGAAUCUAUGUAAUAAUUUACUAUGUGGUGAUUAUUAAGCAUAAAUGAAUUUGGAAACAUUCAACAUGUAAACUUAACAAGAACUUGAGAUCUGCUAAGGCCAUGAUAGUAUCAGUUGAUAUUGUGCUUUCGUGAGGCAUAUGCCCAUAUAUUCUUUAAAUACCCAUGAAUCAGUUGGUUAACAGUGAACAUGGGGCUCGAGAAGUGGCCAACUAAGAGGAAAAUUGCUCUUUGUUUUGAAGCAUUAGAUGCAGUUGAAAUGGCGACAUCUGUCGGGCAACCUGUGGUACUGCUUUGUAUGUUACUAUGAAAUUAUAAUGGAGAUGAUGAUGGAGUCCUAUAAUGUGCAAAUUAGUUGCAUUUUAGCCCCUCCAGUUCCUUCGUCCUAAAAAAACUGAUCUACUCUCCAGUCCACCUUUACAGCCUCGUUGUGUUUAUACAAACUGUCUCUAACUCCGUCAGAGGAAAGGCUUUGGAAGAAGAGGUCAGAGCUGAAUCAAACUACAAGCUGAAGUUUAGUGGUGGUGAGGCUGAAGUCAUGUGACCGUGGUAUUGAAGUCAUGUGACCGUGGUGUUGAAGUCAUGUGACCGUGCUGUAGUUGGUUUAUAGUCUAACAUUAGCUCUUUACUUCUGCUGAUUGUAUUGAGGCUUCAAACAUCAUGAAGUGGAGUUCAUUAGUGAAGAUGAUCCUGCUGAACUAAACCUGUCAGGAUCAUUAACUGUUGUUUAUUUUCUCUAAUAAUCCAAGAGACAAUAUUAAAAUCCCAUUGGCUGUUAGUGGAGGGAACCAGGGGGAAAAUAGCUUCAGGGUUGGUCUACAAUAAUACAUCAUCCCUGCACCUCUCUGUAGAAGAAGUCUCACUGCUCUAAACUAGAUCAGCAACUACAGCCUGAUACAAGUGUGGCCUAACGAGAGCUGAUUUGUGAUUUGUGACCCAGCCUCUCCCUCUAAAGUUUAGUCUGCACCUCCCUUCUCUAUGCAUAUGUCACUGAGUCAUUUUCCCUCUGUGUUAAUACACCAAAGCCAUUUAGAGUCAGUGUAUAGCGAGCAACUGGGAUGUAACUAGAAAGGUCUGAUGGGUCAAAUGAUGUCAUCAUGUCUUAGAUAUGUGUUAGUUUAAAAAGAAAAUCUCAUAAUAUGAUAUAUACAUAUUGAUUCUUGCUUCUUUUCCUGCAAAAUAAUUGCCCACCAUAACUGUGCUGUGUGCAUCAGGAUGCUAACAGUGCAGCAGGAUGCUAACAUUCACCUGGAAUUUAGAUAAGAAGGAAAUUAAUUUAUUUUCUCCAGUUUCAGGCAGUUGGACACUGUCAGACACAGAAGUUACUAAACACCUUUCUGUUAGUGAAACAACAUUCUUCUCUGUACUGUGUGUCCUCUAAAUGUGCCUUUUUACGCAAAUAAAAUACAUCACUUUUU